AUGAAAGCCCCGGUGUUACUUUCAGCAAUCUUGACGGCUGCGUCAUCAACAGCUCUGUACAACGUCAAUCCGUCGUCUCACAAUGGCGGCAGUCCGGAUGCCUCCUUCGUCAGCUUCUCGAUCGAGUUCUCGUCUUUCCCAGACUUUGCGGGCAACAAGAGUCACCCAAAUGAGUUUUCUUACAACUUGCUCAACAACCUUGGCAGGUUGAGCGGGAGUAAGCCAUACGUACGCGUCGGAGCCAACACCCAAGACUACGCCCUCUACAACGCUUCCCUCCAAGUUGGCCUCGACGGCGUCGUCGACCCUUCGCGCUCGCCCGAUUACCCCACCACCAUCCAGAUUGGCCCCGCUUUCUUUGAGUCCUACCGCACUUGGCCGGGCGUCCGCUUCUCCCACGGCUUCAAUCUUGGGCUUGGUGGGAACAGCUCGGAGGGUUGGCGCACCCUCAUCGACACGGCUCCUCUGGCAUGCUUGGCUAUUGGCGGCGACAACUUCUAUACGUGGGAGUACGGCAAUGAGCCCAACAACUAUGCCACGUCGGCUCAGGGGCCUGUCCGUCCGAAGAGCUGGGACGCCAAGGCCUUUACCAAGCAGUGGCUCAACGGAUCAGAGGCGAUUCAGGCGCAGAUGAGGAAACACUGCCCAAAACCUGCGCAUGGAGACUACCUCAGCUUCAUGGCACCUUCGUACGAUGACAGGGUGAGCAACCUCAAUGCAACUGUAGCUUGGAGCGAAGGGCUCGACAAGCACGGAAGCGUGCGAUGGUACUCCGUCCACAACUACAUUGAUGGGGCAAUGUCUCCAGGUGUGACCCUGCAACAGACCCUAAUGAACCACACCCGAACCACCCGCGACGUGGACGAGCAAGUCGCCGAGUACAAGCGAAUCAUGUCCGUCAACGAGCACCAUGCGCCUCUCAUCUUUGGAGAAACCAACUCGCUGUAUAACCAGGGCAAGCCAGGGCUUUCGAAUUCGUUUGGCGCCACGCUUUGGGGAGUCGACUUUAACCUCUACUCUGCCUCGGCGGGGUUCAAGAGGGUUCACAUGCAUCAGGGAACAAACUACCGUUACCAGGCUUGGCAGCCCAUCGACACGGACAAAACGGCCAAGGGCACCAAGGCACCGUACUAUGGCAGCAUUGCCGUCGCCGCCGCCCUAGGAGACCUAACGAGGGACUCCGUCAGCGUCUCGUCCAUACCCAUGUCGUCUGACGCCGAAGCGGCGUACGCAAUCUACAGCAAGGGGUCUCUCAAAGGGCUCAUGGUGAUCAACAUGCAUAGUUAUAACACCACCAAGGGGGGCGAAGGAGUUGAACCCCUGCCGAGCCCGUCCCCGCGUCCAAGCCGGGACUUCUCGUUCUCCGUUGAUGGACUGCGUCCCGGUGCAUCAGCGCGCAUACAGCGACUGAUGGCCAACGGCAGUGAUGCAAUCACAGGCGUGACGUUUGACGGUUGGAGCUACAAUAUGGAGCUUGAUAAUGGGAAGCCUGUGAGACUACACAAUGUUACCACGGGGGAGGUCAUCAGGGCAAGUCGGGGCGUCCUGACAGUUCGGGUGCCAGACUCUUCAGCAGCGCUGGUGCAUCUUGGAUAG